AAUGUUCGUCCUUCAGUGUCGCGGAACAGAGGUGUGCUUUUACUGCGAAGGAUUCACUCUUUUUUACAAGUCUACAAGGUUUUAUACGAAAGUUUCACACCAUGGGAUCGAGUGAGAGCAAACUGGCCGUGGCGCCUCCAGAGACCAAGCCCGAGCUCCCAUUUAAAGCGACGAGAGUGCACGAGCUGCUGGACCCCCGCUCUCCAUCUGUGGGCAUCGACCGCACUCCAAUCCAGGUUGGUGAUGAUGCUAAAAGUUCUGCUGAGGUGAAAAGAGUUUGUCCUGUGGCAGACACAGAUCCUCGCUCUCCUUCAGUCGGCAUCACUCGAACUCCAGCCAGAGAGGUCAUGAGAGCUACAGUUGGCAGUUUUGCCCGCCGUUUGGGCAUCUUCUUCAACAAUGAUCUUGAGAAUAAGACCCACCAGAACAACUCCAAAACCGCAACAGCAGAGGAAGAGGAGGAGGAAAACUCCAAACCAGAGGAGAUCGCGACCACAGAGCCACUCCUGACCCCACAACCCUCUGACAUCCUCGACUCCCUGGAUACCCACGCCACGAUGUUAGACACGCCUCAGCUACCCCCUCCCCAAAUCACAACAAGCCCAUUUGUUCACCUCGCAGAUCCCCAGUUUGAGGUAGAGCUCGAAACUGAACCAGAUAUCAGUCUAGAGGAGGCGGAGGAAGCCAGGGAAACUCCUAUUCACAAGAGGCUGAGUUUGAGUCUUAUAGCUUGCCACGAGGGCUCCACUUCGUCACAAUUUUACGAAGAUGGAAGCAACGAUAGCUUUGCGAACAUUGAGUGUGGCGACACGAAACCUCUGAUUAAAGAGGAUCACUCGUACGCAGCUCCUUGUAUUACAGUCAAGUCUCCCGUUGUGCAAAGUAUUCCUAAUGACGAGAAUGCAAACGACGCAGCCAUGAUCUCUAAAAUAUCUAGUCAGCCAGAAGAGGUAGCACCUAGUUUACCAGAAAAAACAAAGGAGGUAGAAAUGGUCCAAGAGCCUACUGCACCACAAGAGUCCAAAUCUCAAACGACUGCCCCCAGCCCACGUCCAAAUCACAUCCGCUGCCCCACCAUUGACUCAAAAAGCCCCAGUCAGAUCGUGUUUAAACCUCAGUGGUUGGGUAAAGGGUUUGGGGGAGCGGGGCAGAGGGUCCGAGCACAGGGAGGGAAAGGGGGGUCCUCGCCUCUCGCGCUCCACGUGGCUGUGAAGAAGGUGGCCAAUGAGAAUAAAGGACAGACUGGAAAAGCGAAGUCCAAAGGUAAUGAAGGUCGCUCUCCAUUACAAAUCCUCAAAGAGACCAACUCACCUCGGGGGCAGCAUCCUCAGAUGAAGCUGAAGGUGUCCACUCCAGAAAGGCGCAGAAGUGCCCACAGCGAACGCAGAGUUUUGGCCAUCGCUGUAGACAAGGAAAACAGAUGAUUGAAAAGUAUUGUUCUUUUAAAACAAGCUUUUAUUUGUACAGUUUUAUCUGUUUGUAAUGUUCUUUCCUCUGUAUACUAUUAUCCCUUUUACUUUUUCUAUCAACUUAAAUAAAUUAAUGUGUACAGA